AAUCUGAAAUUGCUCAAAUGGAACUGGAUAUAAUAAGAUUGCCUUUACUUAAAAGUGAAGAAAUGCUUCCGGUUCUGACGAAAGUCCUUCCGGGUCGGGCGAGGCUUCAGCUGGGGCUGCCCAGCAGCAUGUCGGUUUUCCGUUCAGGCCUGCUGGUUCUCACAUCACCACUGUCAAAACUUUCCUUGCGUCUUGUUCCCAUUCUCACAUCAGCUGCUCGGCUGGUACAAGACACCCUCUAUAUUCACCUGCAGCCAGGGCUCAGCCUGACAGGAUCUACACAGCCCCGUUCCACAUAUGUUCCAGCUACAUCUGAAGUCUACAGCCUUAUCAGCAAGUUGUAUGCUGAUGCUGGCGUCCAUCACCACCUUGAUGUCCGGGUCUUGCUCACUAACAUUCUCAACCAGGGAACGUCUCCUCCAGUGCUUGGAUCUGUACAGAAUCUCUCCCAGCCACCUGAAGUGGUGCUCACUGACUUUGAAACUGGAGAUGGUGGGCAGUCCAAUCCAGUCAAGCAACGCUUAGAGCGCUAUGCCACUAGCUGCUACAGUUGUCGACCCAAUCUCAUCUCUGUCCUGUUAUACCCAGAGUAUGAACUAGAAUCUAGCGAUGGCGAUCUGUCCCCAGAUGGUGAUCUGUCCCCACAGCAGGAGACCAGUGUGAAAGACGAGCCCUUGCAGAGCUACAGUGAUGUUGUCGUGGGAGGCACUUUCGAUAGACUUCACAACGGUCACAAGAUACUUCUGAGUGUGAGCUGUAUGCUGGCGGAAAAUCGGCUACUAGUUGGCGUCUCCGACAAAGAUCUCCUGGAAAAUAAGCUAUUAAAGGAGCUGAUCCUUCCCUUUGAACAACGUGUGACUCAACUCAACGAAUUUCUGGUAGACAUCAAGCCCUCCUUGCUGUAUGAAAUAUUCCCUCUGUUUGACUACUUUGGUCCAUCCAUCACAGAUCCUGACCUGAAGUGCAUUGUAGUCAGCAAGGAGACCCUCAAGGGUGGUCUGGCAGUCAACAAGAAGAGGGUAGAAAAUGGUCUGUCUGAACUGGCCCUUCACACAAUCAAGUUGGCCAUUGACCCUCAGCAUGCCAGUUAUGAGGAGGAGAAGAUCAGCUCCUCCAGCAUGCGGUGCAGGUUGCUCGGGACUCUACUGCGUCCACCAAGGAAAGGACUAUUUCCUCCACCCCAUCUUUACGUUAUCGGCCUCACAGGUGGAUCCGGUAGUGGCAAGAGCUCAAUUGCACAGCAUCUGGUUCGUCUUGGUGCCUUCCAUGUGGAUAUGGACCAUCUAGGACAUGAUAUCUAUAUGCCAGGAGGUCCUGUAUAUGAGCAAGUGGUCAAAGCCUUUGGAACAGAUAUUUUGAAAGAAGAUGGAACCAUCAACAGACAAGCCUUGGGGGCCAAAGUAUUUGGAGACAAGGAGCAGCUGAAGAUGCUCAACAAUAUCAUGUGGCCAGUGAUGGCUCAAAUGGCAAAAGAAAAAAUUGAGGAGGCUGCAGCACAGGGAAAAUCCGUGUGCAUCUUGGAUGGAGCCGUGUUGCUGGAGGCAGGCUGGACAGACCUAGUUAAUGAGGUCUGGACAGUUAUCAUCCCCGAGGAUGAGGCCAUAAAACGCAUUGUUGCCAGAGAUGGCAUAAGUGAAGAAGCUGCCCGCUUGCGGCUCCAAAGCCAAAUGCCCAACAGCCAGAGAGUGAAACAGUCACAUGUUGUCCUUUGCACAAUGUGGGAACCAGAGGUUACCUGUGAGCUGACAGAAAAGGCUUGGGCCCUGCUCCAGAAACGUCUGAAAGCCAAGUAGAGCCUUGUAUCAAGAUGAAAAUCACCUCUUCAUCCUGCUCGUUCAGUGCUGCCAGACUGGAAGAAUGUACCCUGGGUGAUCAAGGGACCACAGACAGGGAUGGAGAUGUGGAGCCAAGAGAUCAAAAUGCUUGGUGAUGGUGGUGGGAGGGAAACAACAAACAUGAAUUCCCUCUGCUUUUUCCCUGUUACAAAAAGCUGAGGGAGCCGCAUGAACAAAGUGGAAACGGGUGCUGGCCAAGCAGGAAGGAGCAGCAGACCCACACCUGAAGCCAGCAAUGGUUGCAUGAUUCGGAUGGAGACCAACAUUUCAGCAUUGCUGCUUACAAUAGAGGACACUCAAAGGAUAGAGGGUUGGGAAGCCUCUCACUAGCUUUUAUUUCCCCCAUUCUAUACUGUGUGCCCUUUGCUAUGUUAAGCUACACAUAAAGACAAAAUCUCUUGAUGGCUCCA